AUGGUAAGCACCAGCAGAGUGACAGUCAUGGGAACACCAGUCCUCACCAGCAUGAAGGCUGAGCAGGAUUUUCCCUUGACUCCCACCCUGGCAUUUACAACAUCAGAGCAUGAGUCCAUAGAGGCAGUGACCCAGCUUGAGACAACACUGGUGCAGAGAACAAAGUCACAUGAGGCCACAUCACCAGUGGUUACUGCCUUCAUCGUGGAGCCCCAACGUGUGCUCUUCAACCUCCUUCUUCCUCAGUCUGCAAGAAUUGGGGAAGAAUCUGUUUCCUCUUAGACCCAUGGACUCCAUAGGAAGACCAGUACUUCUCAGAACACCAGCACCGCCACAGACACAAACGGGGCCCCCUCCUCUGCUCCCGCCGUCACCUCCCUUCCCACCUCUGGCCUGGCCACAGCCUUGCACACGCUGGGGGCGAGCCACACCCCCGCAGCCAGCUCACCUCCGAAUUUCAGCGGAUCCACGCAGGACUUGCGGGCCACGCCUGAAGCGCCGGCACGUGCAAGUGCAGGGCCUCCCUCCCCACGCGCCGCGGCCACCCACGCCAGGACCCCGAGCUCGGGACGUGGGUCCCCGUCCUCCGGCCCAGGGGACCGGGAGACAUCCGGGGUCACCUCCCCAGCGGCCGCCAUCUCCACCGGGGACGAUUCCACUCCUUCCACCGCAGCUGGCCAAAGCCCUGGGACCGGACGCGUUCCAACAGAGCCCGCGUCUCCCCUGGCCUCGGCGCGGAGGGGGACCAGCCCCUCGCAGGACGCCCGCUCAGCCACCCAGACAAGCACUCUCCGUUCUGCUGGGCCCGGGCGGGCCACCUCUGAGGUCCCCGCGCCGGCAGCCGUCUCCUCCGCCACCACGUCCCCCUCAGGCCAGGAGAGGUCCACCGCGUCGCCUCGCGUGGGAGCACCAAUGACCACCCAGCCCUUGACCGCCCCUCCCAUGACGGCAUCUGCACCGGGGACCGCCGCCACCCCAAGGGGCGCCCCCGGGUCCACGUCGCCGGGGGCCCUGGCCUCGGACACGGCAGCCACAUCCCCCCGGGGAGGGACUCCCCUGACCGGGUCUCAGCGAUUUCCACACUCGCCGACCAGCACUCUCGUCAGCUGGGCUCCGGAGACCGCGUCCCGGACCGGCCCCGGCCCCGUGGCACAAACCAGCCCUGCUCCCACCCCGCGGCCUGCGGCUGCCAGGACCUCACCUUCCCCCGUGGCCUCCACCUUGGGAGACAGCAUCCCCCCCUCGCCUCCUCCCGUGACUUCACUCUUCACCUCUGCCUCGCCGCUGCCCACCCCAGACAGCUGGGGCACCAGCCCGCCACGUGGCACCAGUGCACGCCCAAACUUGGGCAGCUCCUCCCGUCAGCUCCCGGCCAGGGACGGCAGCACGGCCCGCGCGGAAGCCGUGCGGCCUUCCACGCACACAGUCGCCACCCCCAGGGGGACCGCCAGUGCGGGACGCGCAUCCCAGUCCCCUUUCCCAGCGGGCUCAGAGACCCUGGCCAAGGCCACGUCUCCCACGGUCAUCGCCUCCACCGGGGAAGAUUCCACGCCCUCCACGUCACCCGCGCACGUCUCUCAGGCGACACAAAUCCAAACACAGCCAACGUGGCCCCUGACCCCCGCCUUGCGAGUCCCUAGCUCCUCCCAGGAGACCGCCUCGGCCACAGCCACAAGCAGUGUCCUCUCCCACGCACCCACUGCAGCGACCACCCACGUGUAUCCACGGAUUUCCACAAUCAGGAGAGACCAGUCUUCGGAGUCCUGGGCUUCAGGAGGGCUUAAGGGAACUGAUGGCCAUAUGGAACACAUCACAAAGAUACCCAAUGAAGCAUCACUUAGAGAUACCUUAGGGCCAGUCAAGGAGCCUCUAGCAUCCACAUCAUCUGCUAACCCCAGAGGACUACACAUAGGAGGGACAGAAAGAGCAGAGACUACUGCCACAGCUCUAAAGACCAUCUCUGCAGCCACUGUGACCACCAGAGUCUAUACUUCUACCUCAAGAACACUAACUUUCCUCAAAACAUGGGCACAAACAUCUACCACAAACACAGCAGGAAUGACUACCACAACCCCAGAUGUUUCCCCUGAUGUUUCAGAGAUGACAACCUCAUUGGCCACCAGACUUGAAACAGAGACUGGCACGGGUAUUCCCAGGAUAACCCCAACUGUUUUCAAUAGAGAACCAGAGACCGCAGCCCCACUGGUCCCCAGUUCUGGGCCAGAGACCAGUCCAACUGUGCAAAUUGCUUCCUCUGGUGAGAUGAACACAACAGUCACAGAAACCACCUCAAUUACUUCCAAGGCAACACUAAAUGUUUCUCACAGUGAAUCAUACACCACUCCAUCAAUAGCCACCAGUCCUGAGGCAGAAGUCAGUACAGCUGUUCCAACUCCAGCUGCUUCCUGUGAUGUACCAGAUACAGUGAUCUCAAUGACUACUAGUCCUGUAGCAGAGACAAGUAUGGUUACUCUGACAUAUUCAACUCUGACAGAUUCUCCAGAUGAACCAAAGACCACAGCUGCAGAGGUCACCCAUCCUAGUUCACUAACGGGCUAUUCCAUUAUGGCUUUGGCUGUCUCUCCUAGUGUGCCAGGGUUAGAAACCUCACUGGACACUAGUUCUGGGGCAGAGACCAGCCCAGGCAUUCAAACCCUGACUGUUUCCCCUAGUAAGCCAAGAACAACAGUCUCAUGGCUCAUCCAUUCUGUGGAGAAAAGACCAACUGUUUCAAGAAUAAUACCAAAUAUUUCCUAUAAUGACUCAGACACAACAACUUCAAUGGCUACCAGUCCUGGGGCAGAAGCUGAUUCAACUGUUUCAACUAUGACUAUCUCACAUGGUGUAGUAGAUCUGGUGACUUCACAGGUCACUACCACUGGGAUAGAUACCAGUACAACUUCUCCAACAUGGACCGUGUCCUUGCAUGAGCCAGAAACAACAGCUUCAUGGGUCACUCAUCCUACAGAGAACAGCACAACAGUUCCCAGGACAGCCCCUAAUUUUUCCCAUAGUGAAUCUGAUACUACACCCUCCAUGGCCACCAGUCCUGGAGGAGAAGCCAGUUCAGCUGCUUCAACUAUGACUGGUGUUCCAGAUAUGGUGACCUCACAGGUCACUAGUUCUGGGACAGACACCAAUAUAGCUCUUUUAACUCUGACUCUUCCUCCUGGUGAACUAGAUACCACAGCCUCAUUGGUCACUCAUGCCUGGACAGACACCAGUUUAGCCAUUCCAACUCUGACGACCUUGACCAGUGUAUCAGGGAUAGUGACCUCACUGGCCACUAGUUCUGGGGCACAGACAAGUACAACUGUUCCAACUUUGACUGUCUCUUCAGGUCAACUGGAUACCACAGCUUCAUGGAUCAACCAUCCUGGGGCAGAAGUCAGUUCAACUGUUUCAACUAUGAAUAGCUCACGUGUCCCACUUAUGGUGAGUUCACAGGUCACUACCACUGGAAUAGAUACCAGUACAACUUUUCCAACACUGACUGAGUCCCUGAAUGAACCAGAGACCACAGCCUCACUGUUCACCCAUCCUCAGGUACAAACAACCAUUCCAACUUGGACUGUCUUCCCUAGAGUUCCAGAGCUGGUGACUUCAGCAGUCACUAGUUUCAGGACAGAAGCCAGUAAGUUUCCAACUCUGACUGGUACAUCCAGUCAACUGGAGAUGACAACCUCAUUGGUCACUGAUCCUGGGAAAGAAGCUAAUUCUGUUGGUACUUCUUUUACUGUCUCCCCUGGUAAGCCAGAUAGAAGAGUCUCAUUCAUUACCCAUCCUACAGAGAAUAGCCCAACUGUUACUGGGACAACUCCAAGUUUUUUCCAUAGUAAAUCAUACAACACACCAGCUACCAGUCCUGGGGCAGAAUCCAGUCUAGCCAUUUCAACGACUAUUUUAGCUGGUGUACCACACAUGCCAACCCCACUGGUUACUAGUAGGACAGACACUAGUACAACUUAUCCAACACUGAUUAUGUCCCCACAUAAAUCAAAGACAAUGAUCUCAUGGGUCACUCAUCCUGCAAAGACCAGUCAAAUGGUUCCCAGGACAAUCCCCAAUGUUUUCCAUAGUGAAGCUGACACCAAACCCUCAGUGGCCACCAGUCCUGGAACAGAAGCCAGUUCAACUGUUCCAACAAUAACUCCGUCACCUGAUGCAACAGACAUGGUCAUCUCACAGGCCACUAGUUCUGGGGCAGGAACCAGUAUUAUUUCAACUCUGACUCUUUCUCCUGGUGAACCAGGAACAGCCUCACUUGCCAUCCAUCCUGAGAUACGCACAAGUUCAGCCAUUACAACUCUGGCUGUUACACCUGGUGCAUCAGAGCUGGUAACCUCACUGGUUACUGGUUCUGAGACUGAGACCAUCACAGUUAUUCCACCUGUGACUGAUCACUCAAGUGAACCAGAGGCAACAGUCUCACGGGACACCCAUUCUUGGAUAGAAGCCAGUUCAGCUGUUCCAAAUCUGACUCUUUCUUCUGAUGAGACAGAUACAAGAGCCUAUUCUGCAGAAACCAAUAUACCUGUUUCCAGAACAACCUCAGAUUUUCCCCAAAAUCAAUCAGACACCAUAACUUCAAUGGCCACCAGUCCUGGGACAAAAGCCAGUUCAGCUGUUUCAACUAUGACUAUCGUUGAAACAUAUUGGCAGGACGUUACUACUGAGAUAGACACCAGUACAACUAUUCCAACACAGACUGAGUCCCCACACGAAGCAGAGACAUCACCUUCAUGGAUCACUCAUUCUGCAGAGACCAGCACAACAGUUCCCAGGACUACUACUAAUUUUUCCCAGAGUGAAGCCAACACUGCACUUUUUAAAGCCACCAGUCCUUCAGCAAAAGCCAGUUCAACUGUGCUAACAAUGACUGUGUCACCUGGUGGACCAGCUAUGUUGACCUCACAGGUCACUAGUUCUGGAGCAGUGAGCAACACAACUAUUUCAACUCUAACUCUUUCUCUUGGUGAGACAGAAACUGCAACCUCAUUGGUCACCCACCUCAGUGCAAAGAUAAGCACAAAAUUUCCUGCUUCAACUGUUUUUCCUCAUGUACCAGAGACCACAGUCUCACUCUCUACCCAUCCUGGGAGAGAGACCAGGAUAACUCUUCCAACUUCAAUUUUUCCUCCUGGUUUAUCAAAGACCACAGGCUUCUUGGCUACCAGCUCUUUGGCAGAUGUCAAAACAAGCAUUCCAACUCUGACCCUGUCUCCCAAUGUCCCUGGGCUUUCCAGAGUUGCUACAACAACAAGAAAGCCUAAUACUGUAACUUUUUGGAGCACAGAAACCUCACCACUCACAACUUCAGUUGGACUUCCAGAAUUUUCCAGGACAGCUACAAGUACCACUAGGACCUUGAUACCAUUGGAAACUCCAACACCGCUUAAAACCAGUCAUGGAGAAGGAGUUAGUCCAACAGCUAUCCCCAAAACUAUAAUGGUGGAAACCACUAAUUCAAAUGCCACAAGUUCAAAACCCACCAUGGCUGAGACCACAACUACCUUCAGUACACUGUCUGGAAGUCCCUUUGCUCCUCUGACCACACCUGAGAUGUCCACCUUGACCUCUGAGAGCAUGACUUCAGGAACAAGUACCCACCACAAGACCAUGUCUAAUGAGUCUGAGGCAGCGGUGAUCCCUCUUCUGCCAUUCACCCUCAACUUCACCAUCACUAACCUGCAGUACGAGGAGGACAUGCAGCGCCCAGGCUCCUGGAAGUUCAACAACACCAAGAGGGUCCUGCAGGGUCUGCUCGAACUCUUGCUCAAGAAUAGCAGUAUAGGAAACCUCUAUUCAGGCUGCAGACUAGCCUCACUCAGGUCUGAGAAGGAUGGGACAGCCACCAAAGUGGAUGCCAUCUGCACACAUCGUUCUGACCCCAAAGGCUUCAGACUGGACAGAGAGCAGCUAUACUGGGAACUGAGCAAGAUGACCCAUGGAAUCACAGGCCUGGGCCCUUAUAUCCUGGACAAGGACAGUCUCUAUGUUAAUGAAUUCACCCAUCAGAGAUCUGUGCCUGUCAGCAGCACAUUUGGGACAUACACAGUAAACGUGGAAAUCUCUGGGACUCCACCCUCCCUCCCCAGCCCCACAGUCACUGAACCUCUCCUGAUGCUACUCACUCUCAACUUCACCAUCCUGAACCUGAAGUAUGAGGAGGUGAUGGAUCACCCUGGCUCCUGGAAGUUCAACACUACAGAGAGCGUCCUGCAAGAUCUGCUCAGGCACUUGUUCCAGAACACCAGUGUGAACUCUCUAUACUCUGGCUGCAGACUGACCUUGCUCAGGCCCAAGAGGGACCAGGCAGCCACUGGAGUAGAUGCCAUCUGCACCCUCCACCCAGACUUGGCAGGUCACAGGCUGGACAGAGAGCAGCUUUACUGGGAGCUGAGCAAUCUGACCCAUGGCAUCACUAGGCUGGGCCCCUACACCUUGGACAAGGACAGUCUCUAUGUCAGUGGUUUCACCCACAGGAGUUUUGUGCCCAUAACCAGCACUCCUGAAAUUUCCACCAUGGACAUCAGGACUUCCAUGAUCCCUUCCUUCUUCCUCAGCCCAACAACCCCUGAAGCGUCCCUGUUGCCUUUCACCCUCAACUUCACCAUCCUCAACCUGCCCUACGUGCCGGUCACGGAUCGCCCUGGCUCCUGGAAGUUCAACAGCACGGAGAGGGUCCUGCGGCAUCUACUCAGGUCAUUGUUCAACAGUACCAGUGUGGGCCCUCGCUUCUCUGGCUGCAGACUGACCUCACUCAGCUCCAGGCCAGAGAGGGACCAUGCGGCCACUGGAGUAGAUGCCAUCUGCACCCUACACCCUGACCCAGUAGGCUUGGCUCUAGACAGAGAGCAGCUCUACUGGGAGCUGAGCAAGCUGACCCACGGCAUCACUGAGCUAGGCUCCUACACCCUGGACAAGGACAGUCUCUAUGUCAAUGGUUUCAUUUCUCACAACUCUCUUCACUUCACCAGCACCACAAGCUCUGCUCUGGUGCCCUUUACCUUUAACUUCACCAUCACAAACCUGCAGUAUGUGUCUGACAUGAGGCACCGAGGAUCUGCAAUAUUCAACACAACAGGGGAGACCCUGCAGCUCAUGCUUGCUCCUUUGUUCAGGAACACCAGCAUUGGCCCACUGUAUUCUAGCUGCAGACUGAUCUCCCUCAGGCCAGAAAAGGACCAGUCAGCCACCAGAGUACAUGCCAUCUGUACCCUCCACCCUGACUCAGCAGGCCACAGGCUGGACAGAGAGCAGCUCUACUGGGAGCUGAGGCAGCUGACCCACAGCUUCACUGAGUUGGGCCCCUACAAUCUGGACAAGGACAGCCUCAACGUCAAUGGUUACACUCACCGGGUCCUGACCUCUACCCCUAGCAUUGUGAUGGGCUACACUAUGUCUCCUGCGACUUCAGGGACCUCUGUUCCAGUCUCCACAGCUGUUGGCUCUCUCCUAAUGACAUUCACCAUCAACUUCACCAUCUUGAACCUGCAUUACAAUGAGGACCUUGAUCACCCAGGCUCUUGGAGGUUCAACACCACAGAGAGGGUCAUGCAGAACCUGCUCAAGUCCUUGUUCCAGAACACUAGCAUUGGCCCUCUGUACUCCAGCUGCAGAUUGACCUCGCUUAGGCCCAAAAAGAAUGGAGAAGCCAUAGGAGUAAACACCAUCUGCAACCUCCACCCUGACCCUACAGGCCAUGGGCUGGACAGAGAGAAGCUGUACGAGGAACUGAGCCAGCUCACCCACAAUGUCACCCGGAUAGGCCCCUUUAACCUGGACAAGGGCAGUCUCUAUGUCAAUGGUUACACCUACCAGACCCAGACUACCAUUCCUAGGAGCCUGACUCAGCAUGGCCUAUCCUCUCCCUCUCCUGCUGCAGCCACACAAACACCUCUGGUGCACUUCACCGUCAACUUUACCAUCACCAGCCUGCACUUCAGGAAGGACAUGCAGCCUCCAGGCUCCCCAAGGUUCAACAAUCUGGAGAAGUCUCUACAGAUCCUGCUGGAUCUCCUGUUCCAAAAAACCAGUAUCAGCCCACUGUACUCUGGCUGCAGACUGACCUUGCUCAGACCUGAGAAGAAUGGGUCAGCCACUGGAGUGGACACCAUCUGCACCCUCCUCCGUGACCCUACAGGCCAUGAGCUGGACAGAGAGAUACUAUACCAAGAGCUGAGCCAGCUGACCUACAGUGUCACCCAGCUGGGCCCCAGAACCCUAGACCAGGAUAGUCUCUAUGUCAAUGGUUAUACACACAAGAUGAAGACCACCACCUCCAGCACCACUGGCCCUGUCCUGGUGCCCUUCACCAUCAACUUCACCAUCACCAAUGUGAAGUACACAAAUGACAUGGAACAUCCAGAUUCCUUACAGUUUGACAAAACUGAAAGGGUCCUGCAAACCUUGCUCACGUCCUUGUUCAACCAGACCAGUGCAGCCUCUGUCUAUGCUGGUUGUAGACUGGCCUCGCUCAGGCCUGCAAAAGGUGGAGUGGCUACCAAAGUGGAAGUCAUCUGCACCUUCCAUUCUCACCCUGCGGGCCCUGAACUGUACAGAGAACUGCUGUACUGGGAGCUGAGCCAGCUGACCUAUGAUAUCUCCCAUCUGGGUCCCUUCCAGCUGGAUAGGAAUAGUCUCUAUAUCAAUGGUUAUACCUAUGCAGCCCCAAUUUCCACCAAUGGGGAGCUCAGCAAAGAGCCCUUCACGCUGAACUUCACCAUCAACAACCUGCACUACUCAGCAGAAAUGGGGCACGUUGGCUCCCACACAUUCAACAUCAUGGACUCCCUCAUGCAGCACCUGCUCCAUCCUUUGUUCCAGAAGAGCAGCCUGGGUGCACGAUACGUGGGCUGCAAGGUCACCUCGCUAAGGCCCCUCAAGAAAGGCAGCCACACACAGGUGGACAUGUUCUGCGCCUACUGGCAGCCACAUGGUGCCCCGGUUCUGCUUGCCAAGCGGGUGUUCCAUGAGCUGAGUGGGCAGACCUACGGCAUCACCCAGCUGGGGCCCUACUCUCUGGACAAAGACAGCCUCUAUGUUAAUGGUUAUAAUGAACGUGGUCCAGAUAAACCUCCUACAAGCCAGAAAGUACCGGUCCUAAGUGAGUACCAGCUGAUUUUCCACAUCAUCAACUGGAACCUCAGGCAUCCAGGUGCCAACUCCUCAGAGUCUGCCACCCUACAAAGGGACAUCCAGGACAAGGUCACUGCACUCUACGUAGGCAGCCAGUUACGAGACACAUUCCGCACCUGCCUGGUCACAAACCUGAUGUUGAACCCCAUGUGGGUCACUGUCAAGGCACAGUUCUCCUCCAAUCUGGACCCCCACUUGGUGGAGCAAGUCUUUCUAAAUAAGACCCUGAAUGGCUCAUCUCACUGGCUGGGCGCCACCUACCAGUUGACAGAUCUACAUGUGACAGAAAUGAAGACACCUCUUGGUUCACCCACUGGACAACCAAUAAUCAGUUCCACCCCUCAGCACUUUCAGCUGAAUUUCACCAUCACCAAUCUUCUAUAUUCCCAGGACAUAGUCCAGCCAAACACUGGCAAACACCAGCAAAACAAAAGGAGUAUCGAGGAUGCGCUCAACAAACUCUUCCAUAACAGCAGCAUCAAGAGCAAUUUUUCUGACUGUCAAGUUUUAGCAUUCAGGCCCAUUCCUCACAACAGUCACACCGGAGUAGACUCCCUGUGUCACUUCUUCCCACUGACUCAGAGACCAGACAGAGUUACCAUCUAUAAGGAAUUCUUACAGAUGACCCAGAAUGGUACCCAGCUGCAGAACUUCACCCUAGACAAGAACAGCAUCUUUGUGGAUGGGUAUUCUCCCAAUAGAGAUCCCUUGACUGAGAAUUCUGGUCUUCCCUUCUGGGCCAUCAUCCUCAUUGCCCUGGCAGGACUCAUGAUAUGCCUCCUCGCUGGUUACCUGAUGAUCAUCUGCCUGAGAAAGAAGAACAAGGGUGACUAUGAGGUUGAGCGAUGCCACCUGAGCUAUUACCUGUCACAUCUGAACCCAAGGAAGCAGCAUUGA